AUGAUUCGAGAUAUAAUUGGUCUUAUUUUAUCUAUUUUUGUUGCUGGUGCAAUGAUUUGGGCUUGUAGUUUUGAAAUUCAACAUCUUAUAAUUGGUGAAUUAGUAACAUAUAGUGGUGGAAAAUAUAAAUUUUUAACAAUAAUAAAUAUACAUAUUCAAGCAAUUUAUUUUUGUUUAUGUAUAAUUAAUUUCUUUUUUGGUUCGAAUACACUUGUAAAAGAAAAACGUUCAUUAUUACAAAAACUACGUGAUUGUCUUUAUGCUGGUAUUGCUUUUCCAAUGGGACUGUUUGUAUCCAUUACAUUUUGGGGUUUAUAUAAUCUUGAUCGUAAAUUAAUCUAUCCAGAAGAAUUAGAUCAAUUCAUUUCACCAAUUCUUAAUCAUGUUUUGCAUACGUUACCGGCAAUCGCUGUUUGCCUUGAAAAUCUUGUUCAUAACCAUCAUUAUCCAUCACGAGUAUUAGGUCUUUCAUGCAAUGUAAUUGUAUGUGUUGCAUAUGCAGCAUGGAUUCAUUAUUUGAAUUAUAUUCAUUGGGUUGAAUUUAAACGAAGUCUUUGGGUUUAUCCAAUAUUAGAUGAAUUAUCAUUUAUAUAUCGUGAACUAUUUUUACUUGGUUUGAUAUUAUUCAAUGUUGGAUUAUAUUUCAUCGGAGAGAUGUAUACAUUAUUUUUGACAAAUUUACAAACUGAAAAAAAUAUGCCUGUGCAAAAGAUUGCUUAUGCGCAUCGAUUUGGUAUUAUAUCAACAUCAUAUAAAGAAAAAAUUGAAAAAGAUAUACGCCAACGACAACAACAAGAAAGUGAUCGAUCAUCAUCAGCAUAUAGUGGUGAACAUGGCAAAAAAUAUUUAAUACUCGAAGUAACUGAAGAAUUUGUACGUGACUAUAAUCGAGCUUCAUCCAGUGAACGAAUUAAACUUAAUGAACUUAUUUAUCGAAUGUUACAACGACUUAAAAGAAAAGCAGCACAAUGUCAAGUGCAUACAAAUCGACCGAUUCAAUUACAAAUGGCUUGGGCUGAACUUUGUUUGUUAUCCCAAUGUAAAUCAUGUUAUCAAGAAGAAUGUUUAACAACACUUUAUCGAGCUUUGAUUUAUAGUCCAUUGAGUGCAACUCAAAUUCCAACAUUAUUUUUUCUCUCAGAAACGAUUCUGUAUUGGCUUAAAAAUGAUGCUAUACUUGAACCAUUUCUUACAUCAACUGAAUUGAAAUUGUUAAAAAUUGGUCAAAUCGUUUUUCAAUUAUUAUAUUUUCAUUACUUAGAAGGCUCAACUGGACCUUAUGAAGAAUUUAAAAUUCGUCUUCAUACAUAUUUAGAAGGUCUUGACGAAUGUGAAUCUGCUUAUUCUUCAUAUCCAAAUGCUGUUUGGUGUAUUCAUUAUAUUGAAUCGAUUGGUUCUAUUCUUGUUGCUAGUGUUGAUAAAAAUGUACUAAAUUCACGACGUAGUAUUUCAUCAGCAGCAACUCAUCCAGCACCACCAAUUCCAUCUGAAGAUUAUCAUGAAAUAAAUAAAUCUGAAUUAAGUGCUGUUGUUCAAGAAUUAUCACCAAUUAUUUGGCAUUCAGUUGAUGUUUGGUUAUUUGUUAAAAAAUAUUCAACAAAUAAUUUAUCUGAAAUUAUGAAUCAUUAUUUUAAUGAAACAAUUCUUUCAUUAAUUGCUUGUCGACAUAAAUUAAUCGAUGAAAAUUGGAUUGAUGUUGUUUUGGCUUUACAAAUAUUAUCAGAUGUUGCAAAAACAAAUAUGGAUAUGUUAGAAACAAUUCAAUUAUUGGCUCAACCUGAAUCAACUGCUCAACUUCCAUUACAUAAACGUGCUGAUUCUCAUUUAUUAUCUCGUGGUUGGCGUUCAUGGUCAUGGCAAUUAAUUAUUCUUUUAUGUGAAUGUCUUACAUCAAUAUGUAUUGGUACAAAUCAAACUAUAAUUAAACGUACUGUUUUAUUUGGUAAUGAAACAUCAUCAGAUAAUAUUCUUAUUUAUGCAAGUGAUAAUCAACAUCCUAUAAAUGAACAAAAAACUUUUACAGAAAGUAGUACAUCACGUGGAAAUGAUGAUAAUGUUUGUUUAAUGCACAUGAUGCAUUAUCGAACAAUAGAUGAACAAGGAAAAAUAAAAACUGAUAAUGAUGAUGAUGAUGAUAAUAAUCAAUCAUGGCGUAUUCGAUAUAUGGGUCUUUUAUGUAUGUCACAAAUAUAUAAACAUUUACAAAAUGAACCACGUCAUAAAACAUUAAGUAAUUUACUUUGGAUGUUUAUACAUGAAUAUGAAAAACGUGAAAAAGAUGAUCGAAUACUUGAAGCACUUAAAGUUGGACGAUUUGAUGAUGAUAUAAUUCAAACAUUAAAAACUGAUAUAAUAGAUAAUCAAUUAGGUACAAUUUAUAAUAGUAUGGCUCAACGUUUAGCUGAUGGAUUAUUACCAGAUCCAACACCAUCUGAAUUACGAUCAGCAAAAGUAAAAUUUAAUAAAAAACCAUCAUUUAAAAAAAGUCAAUAUGUUACAACAUCACAAAGUCGUGAUCGAUAUCAUCUUAGCAUACCUUCUGUUCCACCCUCAAGAGAUGAGAAAAAGCCUAUUCAAAUAAAGCGGAUUAUUGAAAAUAAUAUCAAUGAUGUAUUUAAACGAAAAGAACACAUAUUACAAAAUAUCGUUGUUGAUCAAUAUCGUAAAGAACUUGAAGAGAAAAAAGAUGAAACAAUUGAUGUUAUCGAACAAUUAGAUUCAAUGGUUGAACGAGCUAUGGAAACUACAACAUUAAAUGAAAAUUCAUUAUCAAGUGUUUUUACAUUAUCCAAUAAGAAAUUUAUUGUUGAUCCACUUCAAGAACGACGAGCAUUGAUAGAAUCAAUGGGUCUUAAAUUGAUUAUAAAUAAAAGUGAUGAACAAGAAUAA